AAACCUAUCCUAAAUGGCCAACUCUGCGGACGAACUCAAUCGAUCGAGGUAGACCAAACAUCUUUUUGAGAAGGCUGAUGGAUCCAUUCGCUUCGGUAUCUCAGAAGCCAAUCCGAAAAAUGGAGGCCAAUCUUCUCCCUUCCCUCUCCACCUCCUCCCCCUCCUCACCCGAAGACUUCCCCUCUUUCUUCUCCAACCUGAACUCCCUCCUCCUCUCCUCUCCCACAACUCCCUCCUCCCCUUCUCUCUUCUCCUCCACCUCUCUCUCCUCCGCCCAACACCCCCAAACCGCUAAAGAUCCCACCUUUAUCCUCCCCAAAUGCCCCAAGCCCUCUACCGGGGCCUCCUCCCGAUCCCUCCUCGCUUCCCUCUCCAUCCUUGAGCGCGCCCUCGUCGGCGGCGCCGCCGGUGGAAUAGCCGGAGCCUUCACCUACGUCUGCCUGCUCCCCAUCGACGCCGUCAAGACCAAGCUCCAGACCCGCGGCGCCGCCCGUCUCUACUCUUCCGCAGUCGACGCCGCUCUCCACAUCUUCCGCUCCGAGGGUAUCCUCGGCUUCUACCGCGGCGUCUCCGCAGUCCUCAUCGGCUCCGCCUCCUCCUCCGCCGUCUACUUCGGCACCUGCGAGCUCGGCAAGUCCCUUUUCUCCAAAAUCCCUCCUUUCCCUCUCCUCCUCAUCCCCCCUACCGCCGGCGCCAUGGGCAACAUCGUCUCGUCUGCCAUCAUGGUCCCCAAGGAGCUGAUCACCCAGAGAAUGCAGGCUGGCGCCCCUGGCAGGUCCUGGGAGGUGCUGCUUAGAAUUCUCGAAAAAGAUGGCAUCUUGGGGCUCUAUGCCGGAUACUCGGCCACGCUGCUCCGUAAUUUGCCUGCGGGGAUUCUCAGCUACUCUUCCUUCGAGUACUUGAAGAGCUUUGUGUUGAGUAGGACUGGAAAGGCUUACCUUGAACCAGCUCAGAGUGUGUGUUGCGGGGCAUUGGCGGGGGCGAUCUCGGCCUCCCUUACUACCCCUCUUGAUGUAGUGAAGACUCGGUUGAUGACGCAGACUCAUGCAGAGGCUACCAGGAAGAUUUCAGAGACGGUGAGGCUUAUUGUGAUGGAGGAAGGGUGGGCAGGACUGGCGCGAGGGAUUGGUCCGCGGGUUCUUCACAGUGCAUGCUUCGCAGCAUUGGGUUACUUUGCAUUUGAGACAGCAAGAUUGGCGAUAUUGCAUCAGUAUAUCCGGCAAAGGGAUGAGAUGGUGGUCGAUAAGCAGGCAGCUUGAUGUCUUAUGCUUUGUUUGAGAAAAAAAAUGGUGACAUCCUUAAUUUUUGCAUACUUCAUGAAGUUUUGUGGAUCGAAAAGUUUCCAUUGCUUUAACUUUUUACUCAUUCAGUCCCGUUACAUGAUUCCGUUGCUGAUGAAAUGUUUUUACAAUAUAUUAAUUGUUUAUUUUUGCUGUGCCUUC